AUGGCGGCCGGUGGUUGGACUUCGGCCCUGUACAUAGACGAGAGAGCCGACGAGUCGCAGAGGGCGGCGCUCGAGCAGAUCCUGUCGGGCGAUAUGGGCGGACCUGCCGAACGGUGGCGCGCCAUGACCGAGAACUUUAUGGGCAUUGGCUACGUACCCAUCGACUUUCGGGUUGACGGCAAGGUCCAUUCGGUGAACGUCCCAGGGGUGAUGGAUUUCAGCGUCGAGCCGAUCCAGAUCCCAGGCCGGGACGACGCUAUGCUGUUGUCCAACACCGGGCACGGGGUCAACCGCGACCUGUACUUGGCCCGCGGCGUUCGCGCCGAGUACACCGACCACGGCAUGGUCUGGGACAACACCGGCAAAAACGGCCACUACGCUCCAUUUCAAUGGAGUUUUCCGUAG